UUUCGUCCACGACGCAUUAAUUACAUGCAAAUGGUAUGGUAAAAUAUAAGAGAGCCGUUGUUUGUUUCGGUACCACCAAUGGUAUCAUCGUCGUCGUCGCUUUUUCUGUGUAGCUCCUAGUCUACAGUGCGACCUCUAAACCGGCAGGCAAGUUACCCAUAUGUAGGUAGGCUGCAACUUAACAGUUCUUCUACCUAAACGUACGAUGUAGUACUGACUUAAGUUUCUCGCUUAAAUUGCCAUCAAAAGAAGAAUAAACAAAGAGGUUUUCCAUAUGACGAAUUCUUGACACAUGUGCACGAAGCGAAAUUUGAGAGUAACCAUAGAGAAGACACUUUCGAAGUUUUCAACAUAAUAGAGACCCCGGAUUUAAUUUAAAAUAUUGGUUACACAUCGAUCAAACUUUUUCCAUAUUAAGGAGUAAUAACAGAAGAGAAGUGGCCCGAAGUUCGGUGGUGGUUUAGAAAAAACGUUACGCGAAAAUGAUGAGAUAUAUUGGAUUUUUAGCCGUUUUCGUUGGAUUUUUUGUUAGUUUUUGUUACGGCGAUUAUGAAGGUGAAUUAAAUGACCCUUGUCAAAUUGUAAAGGAAUGUAGACAACAUGCUUAUUUAUGCAGCAGUAACAGGACAUGUCAGUGUUUGCCAUUUUAUAGGCCCAACAAAUAUUGGGAUAAAUGCAUUGGAAUAAUAGGUCAAAAAUGCAAAUAUGACGAACAUUGCAUUGAAGGAGCUUAUUGCAAGCACCAACAAAUAUGUGAAUGCAAGGAAAAUCUGUUUCCCAACGAGGAUAAAACAGAAUGCUCGUUUCCUGUUUUUUCAGAUUCCUCUAGGAAUACGUCGAAUAAAUACAUAGUAACAUCACUGCUGAUCUUAAUGUACAUAAAACUUUACAGGAUAAUAUAGAGGCGAAUAUUCAAUAUAUGCUGAGGCGAGAAGAAUUAAGUGCAAAUGAGUCUAGAAGUUCUUUCUUUUAGUUUUUAUUAUAAAAGUUUUGAUGAAACGAAAGUUACCUGCCAUAUUUAUUCGUUUUAUAGAUAUAUAAGUAUCCAUAAUAAAAAAUGUACUUAUGUUAUUUAAUUUUUGAAAAAAGUAUUAUUGUGUACUUAAAGCGAUUGUUUGUUGAUUUUUGUAAGUAUUGAUAGAUGUAAGCAAUUAAAAAUGUACCUAUUUAUUUAUUUUACUGUACAAUUGGAUGCAAUUUAAUUCGCUGGUUAGUAAAUUUUAUCUUUUCCUAAGUACAACAUAAUUGUAAAAUUAUCAAUUCUGAAAUUAUACUCAAUGUUUGCAAGAAAUAAAAGCCAUGUCGAUGUAAAGGUGUAAUGUCAAUCGAUGAACAAAGUUUUGACUUUUUGGCCGUAGAAACAGAUUACUUUAACUCACCAGGGAAUUAUGCAGCACUUAUUAACACUUACAUACAAAAUAUUCUUAAGUAAACCAGAAGUUGGUAAAAAGCAGCUAUUUCUUGGUAUAAUAGAUACUAAUUAGUAUAGCAUAGUUUUGUACUACUUUAGAUACCAUCAGCAGUAAAUUAGCGAUUAAAAUAAAAUAUAAUGAACAAGAAUUAAUUUACGUUAGAAUUGUACUCUAGUUAAACCAAUAUUAUCAUUAAAUUUUACAAUUUUACUUUGGAAUAUUAUGUAGGUAUAUAAACUUGUGCCUUUUAAAGAUAAAAUAUAUACGAAACUAAAUUGCC